UAUAUAAAUGUGAUAAGCCUUGCGUUAUCCGUAAGUAAACAUAACCAACGAAACCGACCGACUGCGAAAGUCGUCCCACCUUCUCUUCAGCACCAAAACAAGAAGACAAGAAGCCAAAAAACAAUUAGUUAAAAAUAAAAUAAAAUAAGAGCAUUUGGCUGGGCACACUUCACUUGAAUCCAUUCACAUUCCGAUUUCCGAUCCGCCCCGACUUCACUCAUGAGCUCCAGCGCGUCCGAUUCCUCUGGAGGCCCCUGCGCUUCGACGCCGCCCGCCGACAAGGACAAGCAGAAGGAGAAGGCCCGCGUCAGCCGUCCCUCUCUCAUACUCUGGCACGCCCACCACAACGACGUCGCCGCCGUCCGCAAGCUCCUCGAGGAGGAUCGCUCUCUCGUCCACGCCCGCGACUACGACAACCGCACUCCGCUCCACGUGGCUUCCCUCCACGGCUGGAUCGACGUCGCCAAUUGCCUUAUUGAGUAUGGCGCCGAUGUCAACGCCCAAGAUCGCUGGAAAAACACCCCUCUAGCUGAUGCAGAAGGAGCUAAGAAGCAUACAAUGAUUGAGCUUCUAAAAUCGUAUGGUGGCUUGUCUUAUGGCCAAAAUGGAAGCCAUUUCGAACCGAAACCGGUGCCACCCCCUCUGCCCAACAAGUGUGAUUGGGAAAUUGAACCGUCUGAGCUCGACUUCUCCAGCUCAGUUACCAUCGGAAAGGGUUCUUUUGGUGAGAUUUUAAAAGCACAUUGGCGUGGAACACCAGUAGCUGUCAAACGCAUUCUUCCAUCCCUUUCGGGUGAUAGAUUGGUGAUUCAGGACUUCCGUCAUGAAGUUAAUUUGCUAGUGAAGCUUCGUCACCCUAAUAUAGUCCAAUUUCUUGGAGCUGUUACUGAGAAGAAGCCCCUUAUGCUAAUAACGGAAUAUUUAAGAGGGGGUGAUCUUCAUCAAUACCUCAAGGAAAAGGGUGCACUUAGUCCUUCAACAGCUAUCAACUUUGCCUUAGACAUUGCCCGAGGCAUGGCUUAUCUUCACAACGAGCCAAAUGUCAUAAUUCACCGAGACCUGAAACCAAGGAAUGUUCUCUUAGUCAAUUCCAGUGCAGACCAUUUAAAAGUUGGAGAUUUUGGACUAAGCAAGCUCAUCAAGGUUCAGAAUUCUCAUGAUGUGUACAAGAUGACUGGCGAAACUGGAAGUUACCGCUAUAUGGCUCCUGAAGUUUUUAAGCACCGGAGAUAUGAUAAGAAGGUUGAUGUGUUCUCUUUUGCAAUGAUAUUAUAUGAGAUGCUUGAAGGGGACCCACCGCUAUCAAACUACGAGCCUUAUGAAGCAGCCAAAUAUGUGGCAGAAGGACACAGGCCAUUGUUUCAUGGAAAAGGGCACACCCCUGAACUGAAAGAGUUAAUAGAGCAGUGUUGGGCUGCUGACAUGAACCAAAGACCAUCUUUCUUGGAAAUUCUCAAAAGGCUUGAGAAGAUAAAGGAAAAAACUUUACAGGCAGAUCAUCACUGGAACAUAUUUAAUACGUAAACUUGAAAGUGAUGGCGCUGUCAGGUACAUAAGGGAUCCUCUGCCAGUCACUUGUAGUCCCAAAAUGUGCAGAUGGGAUUGUGAAUAGGCCUAAAGUGAGAAAGCGUGCGAUUGUGACUAUUGUUCUACAGUAUUCUGCUUCAGAUUCUUAUUGUGAACGGAGGAGGUAUUUUCCUCUGUUUCUGCAUAACAGUGUGCCUUUGUCUGAACAAACUUAUCCAGAAAAUCUCGUCGGAUUAACAUAUAUAUAGAGAUUUUCAUGUUUUGACUGGAUAAUCUCCUUUUCGUAUCUUUCAAUUGUAAUUUGUUGUAGCCAUUUUAAGUGAUGUUGAGAACAGAUAUAAUGUUAGACAAGAUUAUAUCUAA